AUGGAUCGCCUGCCCGCGGAGUUGUUGAUGUACGUGUUCCUGUUCGUCGAGUCUGGAAAGAGGGGACGGCUCGCGCUCGUCUGUCGAGGAUGGAAACGCGUUUUAGAUUACGCUUCCCUCUGGAAAGACGCCACAGCGUACCUCGGCAAAUAUAGUAAACGUCAAUACCGGAGCAUAGAUACGCGCCAUGUUUCCAAGGCCAAGUUGGUGCAAGGCUUUGAUUGGACUAUUCUACCGCCGCGGAUGUGCGACGUGAACGUCGGGGGCCUCUACGACAACUUCGGCAGACUCCUGACCAUGGAUCGUCGAGUGCUGUGUAACCUGACGCGUUUGGACAACGUCACCGAUGCCGACAUGGUGUUCGCAACGAAUAGUAUGCCCAACUUGUCGUGCUUAAACGUGACGCGAUGUGUGCGUCUCAGCAAUUCGAGCAUGGACACAUUUAAUUAUACGCGUCUCGUCCAUUUAAACAUGUCGUGUUGUAUACACGUUACCAACGGCGGCCUGUACAAACUAUGUAUACCGACCCUGCGGACUCUGCACGCGUCGCAAGUGUGGGAUCUACUGCCCGCCUGUUACGCGGAGCUGUUGAUAUGUAUGCCGGAACUGGAAGAUUUGGAAAUUAAUUACGCAGAAGACUUUUGCGCGGACGUGUUACAUAAGUUUGUGUUAACCUUAAAGAAACUCCGCGUUCUCACGCUAUUCGCGUCGAGUGAGAUUGAUAUACACAAAAUAAAACUCGCGGUGCGAGAUUACGAUUGUAAAUACAGAAAAGUGCCGCUGAAAGUUGGCGUCGCUAGUGUUGCUACCAAUACGUACUACCUUUCUUGA